CCUCUUGGCAUGAUGGAAGUUGACUUGUAACACACAAAACGCAAAUCUGUCUAGUUUCUCAACCUCAUUAGCAAACAUUUUUCUUAGAAUUAGGCGGCCAUUCAUUAUCAAUUUAUCAAUUUUUUUGAUAGUAAGUUGUAUAUAGGGACAGGAAGGAAAUAAUGGAUGACACAAGUGGGGGAAACUUAAAGAGAGUGAAGGAGCUAUGGAGUACAUGGGAUAUCCGUGUUUUCAUGCUUACCAGUCUCCUCAUUCAAGCAUUGCUCACAAUCCUAGCACCUCGCCGAAAACGGAGUGCAAGCAGCUUCCUUAAUUUUUCAAUGUGGUUGCUUUACUUGUCAGCUGAUGCAGUUGCAUUAUUCACAAUUGGUUUGAUUGCCAACGGCGAUGAUGAUUCUCCUCAAAGGGAAGAUCUACUAGCAUUUUGGGCGCCAUUUCUUUUGUUACAUCUUGGUGGUCCAGACACAAUUACUGCUCUAGCUUUGGAAGAUAACGAGCUAUGGCAUCGACACGCUCUUCAACUUGCAGCACAGGUUGCUGUUACUAUCUAUGUGUUUGUUCGGUCUCUUCGAAGUAACAAUUACCUGUUGUGGCCAACGCUUCUCAUGUUUGUUGAUGGAGUUAUCAAGUACGUUGAGCGAACAGAGGCUCUGUAUUUCGCUAGCAUGGAUAGCUUCAGAGAGUCCUUCAGGACUAAACCUGAAGCUGGUCCCGACUAUGCCAUGUUUAUGGAAGAGUAUUCUGCUGCGGCAACUGCUCAUAUUCCAAUUACUAUUCAAGAUCGACCCUUCAAAGGUCAAGAAAAUUCACAAGUAAGAAAUCCUCAAGACAUUUUGAGUUCGAGUUCCUCCAAAGUACAAGGCAUAAAUGUCAUCAGUAAUGCAAAUGCCCCAGAGGAGGAAAAUGCGAUGAUUGAACAUGCUUAUAACUUCUAUAAAAAGUUCAAAGGCAUCCUAGCUGAUGCUUUUCUAACUUUAAAAGAUCGCGAGGAAAGUCGUUCUUUUUUCCUCAAUGCAAGAGCCUCAAAAGCUUUUAGGAUUGUGGAGAUUGAGCUCAACUUCAUCUAUGAUGUUUUCUACACGAAGGUGUUCUUGAUACUAAAAAAAACAAGUUUAUCUUCGGAUUAUUAGCUUUUCCUCUGUCGUGACAUCUUUGUUAAUAUUUUCUUUAAAAUAUAAGGGCAAGUACGACAACAUUGAUGUUGCAAUAACUUUUGCAUUGCUUGGGGGUGCCAUAGCUCUAGACAUAUAUGUGAGUCUCAUGCUUGUUUUGUCUGAUUGGUGGAUAAUAAUCACUCCCGAGCAAGGCAUAACGAAAUACUUGAGAUCUAUAUUAAUACGGUUGCUUCAGUUUUCGACCUGCACAAAAGAUAACAGUCACUGUAGAUGGUCUCAGUACAUGUCAAAGUACAACCUACUAGAACGUUGCUUUAAGGAUCCUCCUUCAAUAUUGAAGUAUAUAUUCAUAAAGGGAAUUAAGGAUGCUUUGAUUGGUUUUUUAUACGUCGCCAAAAAGCAGGUU